GCGCCUCUCACAUCUGUGAAGCCAUUCAGGUGUGCAUUCUUCCACCGAACCUCCCAGCUCAAAGCGCAUCCCAGAUAAAUCCCGAACCGGAGGGGAAACUGCGUUCGGUUUUCACGGAUUUGUCCGGUAACCGAGAAGUAACUGCCAGAAAAAAAAAGAAGAAGAAGAAGAAGAGAAAGGAAGCCUCAGCUGUGGUCUGUUCAGCCAGUGAAACCAAGAGCAUGGGCUGACGUGUUGCUUGUUCCUCUUUACACCAGCUCGGAUGCGCACAUCUCAAACUUCCUCCUUUAAGUCCAGUGUGCCGCCGCUCCGCCGCCCCGUUCACAUCUGCAGCUCCGAACCCGCGAGCGGGUCAGGGAGAAAUGGAAGCUGCGCACGAGGAAUGAAGAAUGUUCUCGACGCCCGUCAUCAUCUGAGCCUAGAAGAUCCCCUCCGCGUGCAGAGACAGCCCGUGUUUCCAAGUGACUGAAUAAAACGAGACGGCAUCAUGGGCUGUGUGGGCUCAAAGAAGGAGCAGAAGUUCCCCAGCAAAGACACGGAUAACAGCGACCAGCAGAACAGAGCUCAGGUACACUAUGUCAGAGACCCCACCUCUGGAAGCAAAGCUGCCGCCAAACAGCCUGCUAAUGCAACCUCUUCAGAAGGUGAGAGUGUCGCCAUUGCACUGUUCGACUAUGAGGCGAUUCAUGACGGAGACCUUGGCUUCAAGAAGGGAGAUAAACUCAGAAUUUUGGAGGAGUCAGGCGAGUGGUGGAGAGCCAUGUCCAUCAGCACAGGCCAGGAAGGCUUCAUUCCCAGCAAUUACGUGGCCAUAGAUUCUCUGGAGACAGAGGAUUGGUUCUUUAAGGGUGUUAGCAGAAAGGACGCCGAGAGGCAGCUCCUGGCUCCGGGGAAUCGAGUCGGAUCCUACAUGAUCCGAGACAGUGAGACUACCAAGGGUAGCUACUCUCUGUCCGUCAGGGAUCUCGACCCCCAGGCUGGUGACACCGUUAAACAUUAUAAAAUUCGAACUCUGGACAACGGAGGAUUUUAUAUCUCACCACGCAUCACCUUCAGCACUCUGCAAGAGCUGGUCAACCAUUAUAAGAAACAGGGAGAUGGCCUCUGCCAAACUCUGACCAACGCAUGUUUGAGCCCCAAACCUGAAAAGCCUUGGGAAAAGGACGCCUGGGAAAUCCCAAGAUCUUCACUUAAGUUAGACAAGAGACUUGGUGCAGGACAGUUUGGAGAAGUUUGGAUGGCUACAUACAAUAAGCACACCAAGGUAGCUGUGAAGACCAUGAAGCCAGGCAGUAUGUCAGUGGAAGCUUUCUUGAUGGAAGCUAACCUGAUGAAGAGUCUACAGCACGACAAACUGGUGCGACUCAACGCUGUGGUCACCAAAGAAGAGCCCAUCUAUAUCAUUACUGAGUAUAUGGAAAAAGGCAGUUUGUUGGACUUCUUAAAAAGUGACGAAGGCAACCGUGUCCAGCUUCCCAAGCUUAUUGACUUCUCUGCCCAGAUUGCAGAAGGUAUGGCGUACAUUGAACAGAAGAACUACAUCCACAGAGACUUGAGAGCCGCCAACAUCCUGGUCAAUAAGUCCUUAGUGUGCAAAAUUGCUGACUUUGGCCUUGCUCGUAUCAUCGAGGACAAUGAAUACACAGCCAGAGAAGGAGCUAAGUUCCCAAUCAAAUGGACCGCCCCUGAAGCCAUCAACUAUGGUUCCUUCACAAUAAAAUCAGACGUCUGGUCCUUUGGAAUUUUGUUGACUGAGAUUAUCAGUUACGGACGCACCCCAUACCCAGGAAUGACUAAUCCAGAGGUAAUCCGUUCUCUGGAGAAAGGUUACCGAAUGCAGCGCCUUGACAGCUGUCCCACUGAACUUUAUGAUAUCAUGCUGGUGUGCUGGAAGAACAAGCCAGAGGACCGUCCCACCUUCGACUACCUGCAGAGUGUCCUGGAAGAUUUCUACACAGCCACAGAGAGCCAGUACCAGCAGCAGCCAUGAGACAUGAUUCAUUAAUAUGUGCCGAAGAUUCAGUUUGGGUCUGCAGUUGUGCAGUACAGGCCACAAACCUCUUACUUACACAAACAGCAUUGCAAUAGUAGGGACUGUACAGAAAUUAUUAGCAGAUGAUUACUUUUACUUUUGAAAGAUUGGUCUUUACAUGUUUGCUAUUUAAUAAAAAAGCUCCCUGUUUUAAAAGAGAAAGAGCUACAGGAUUGGAAAGGUUUAGCUAACACAUCCGUUUCUAAAAGUGAAUCUCCAUUUGUGUCCACUACGGAGAGCCCACAAAGACUCGCUGCCUAAAAAAAGUUAAAUGCUAUUUUUAUACUUACUUUAUGUAAAUUGAGAGUUGUAAUAAUUCCACAGCACUAAAACUCCAUCUCAAAAGGUGGUGUCAAAGAAGUUACAAAAAAGAUUGGUAGUACAUUCUAUAUGUCAGAGACUGAAACACAGCUCAGACAUUUGUUGUUUUUUUCAAGCAGUAUAAUAAAUGUUUUCUUACAUGUGCUGUUUAUUGAAUAAAAAGUUUAUUAUUCAAGGCCGCACAAACUGCAUAAAGCUUUGUUGGUAGAUUAGUGCGUUAGCGCCACCUUGUGGUUUGGAGUUUAAUUGAGCCUGUAAGGUUUGGCACAUACCAGCAGCAGUCUUAAAAACAAGAGCGUAGCACAUUAGAUGUUAAUAUUCCCAGAGCCGCAUCAGCUUACUUUAAUAUUUAUUAUUUGAAAAUUCACUAUAAACCCUUCAGAAAUACACAUCAGUUUUGGCCUCUAAUAUGAAGAGUAACACUUCAAAGAACAUUUUUAUCUAAUUUAUUUACAUAGAUGCAUUAAAUACACACUGCGCUACGUUUGGAGCUCGGCAAAUUCAAAACAAAAGGCAUUUCAUUCGUGCCAUUGUUUUGACAUAAUUAUCAUUAAUGGUAACUUCUUCUGUAUUGGUAAGUUUUUAUAUUCCUGCUGUAAUUUUUAUACAAUCCCUAACUUUUUAAAACAUGACGAACUUCAUCAAGCUCAGCAGAUAUUUCUGUGCUAACUCAGGAUUACAGAAAAGGAAUUUACAAUGUGAAAAAAAAAACCAUAGGCCUGAUUAGGGUAGCAAUUUUCUCUCUGCACGUUUUCACAUUAUUUGUGGCUUAUUUUAGCAUUCCUCGUUCACAGUGCCUUUGACAGUGGCUCUUUAAUCCACGUUCAAUCAGCAAUAUAUUCCAUAUGAUUUGUAUAUACAGAAAGGGUAGCACUCAGCCUUAGAUUUAUUCUGCUUGUCAAUUCUUACAUAUAUGUUCUUUAUGACUUAAGUUAUUUAAAAAAAAAGCAGUUCCUACUUAUAUUUUUUUUUCUUUUAAAAUUAAUCUUUUAUAAGCUUGUAUGCAUGUUUUAGCAAAGAGCAAUGACUGAUACUUACUAAUGCAUUUUUAUAGUGCUGGGAGUUGAAUGUAAAUUGCACAUAAACAUUCAGGACCAAAACUCCUGAACAAGUGAGCUUUUAAGAUUUUAAUAUUUCAUGUUGUGGUAAAUAUGGCAUCUAUUUUGAAAGACAUCUACGCAACAGUGUAUCAAAAAUGUUCUUUAAGUGUAGAGCCAUCUAAGAAUGAAGCACAGCAUUGCUCAGAACUGUAUAUAAUCAUAUAGUUUUUUCUCUGUUUUUCAAUAUGAAUCUCUUGGCAGUUUGUGAAUGCUUAAGUGCAACUGUUAUGACAACGGUUAAAUAAAAAGGUUUAAAGGUGA